AGCUGUUUCGGCUGCCCGCUGACCCGGCAGGACUCACUUCGUUGCCAGGAUGAGGGAGCCAUGGGCGCUGCUCCGUGCGCGCGGGUGGAGCGCCCCACAGGGCCACUGUCACGGGAGACGCACGAGGAUUUACAGACCUUCGACCGCGCAUUGUUGGCGCAGGUGAAGAAAGGGAAGGUUGAGGAGAACUACGAACUCCUAGAAGAGUUGGGCCAUGGAAGCUUCGGGGUGGUCAAUCGUGCCAGAGACACCCGGAGCACAUGCGUCUCAAUGGCCACGUAUGUGGCAGUGAAGACAAUACCCAAAAAGAAGAUUUCAGAUCCAAAGUCGGUCAAAGAUGAAUUCAACGUCAUCCGGCAAUUAGAUCAUGCACAUAUUUGCAAGGCCUAUGAGUGCUAUGAGGAUCGCCGGCAUAUUUAUUUGGUGAUGGACAUUUGUUCUGGUGGCACCUUACUGGAGACGUUGUGCGUCCAGCAGCGCUUUCCAGAAGCUCAGGCGGCGAAAAUCAUGCGCCAGACCUUAUCUGCGCUGCUGUAUUUGCACCAGGCCAAUUUCAUUUUCCGUGAUUUGAAGACGGAGAACAUUAUGUUUGCCAAGCCGGUGAAGGAGGGUGAGGUGGGCAACAUCAAGCUCAUCGACUUCGGCCUCUGUUGCCCCUUCCGCCCCGGCGCCAAGAUCACCAAGGCCGCCGGGACGCCCUACUCCGUGGCCCCGGAGCUGGUGACGCCGCCCGUGCAGUACGACCAACGGUGCGAUUCCUGGAGCGCUGGCGUGGUGAUGUUCAUCGUGCUGAGUGGACAGUAUCCAUUCCAUGGGAAGACCAAAGACGAGCUCUUGAACAAAAUCCGAAAAGAGCCCGUAAGCUUCAAGAAUCCCCGCUGGAAGAAGAUCUCCAAGGACGCCAAGUCCAGCGUGGCGGAGCUGCUCCGCAAGAAGCCCGAGAACCGCUGCUCCAUCGCCGACGCGCUGCGGCACGUGUGGCUCAAGGCCAAUGUGACGCUGCCCAGCGCUGAAGUGAUGAAAGGCAUGGUUGAGACGAUGAUCCAAUUCCAAGACCUCAACAUGCUCCAGAAGGCGGCCUUGACGGCCUUGGCGUGGCGCGCCAGCGACGAGGAUACUCAGCACUUGCGGCAGAUCUUCGAGUGUUUGGACCAGGACUCCAAUGGCCAUGUCACGAUGACUGAGCUUCGGGGCGCCUUUGCAGAGGUGGGUGUGGAGCUGCCUGGUGAUCUCAGCAUUUGUGGCGUGGGCACCGAUGGGAACGACACCAUCGAAUACACCGAGUUUUUGGCGGCGGCCUUGGACAAGAGCAAGGUCCUUAAGGAGGACAUCGUAUGGCAGGCCUUCAAGAUCUUCGACUCCGAUGGCAGCGGCACGGUGACCAAGGCGGAACUCUUAAAGCUGCUGACCACCGGGCGGAGUGACAAGGCCAAGCACGAGAAGGAGUCUAAGACUAUUGAGGCAUUUUUAGACAGUUAUGACACCUCGGGCGAUGGCGUUGUCGACUUCAGCGAAUUUUUACAUAUGCUGGAUGAAAGCCAGGACCCGCACAGGCACAGGCCGGUGGUGGCAAAGAUUGAGAGCCCAGCAAAGGUUCCAGAAAUGAAUUCAUAUCUUGACCUUUGCGCCAGUAUCACUAGUGCACCCUGUGAAAAAGAGCAGGUGGCACACCCUGUACCAUCUAGACAGACCUCCAAGCGCUUAUCCAAAGCGUCUCAUCAAAAAUGGCCAGCAGGUUGUUGUUCAGAAGCAUCGAUAUGGCACAACAAUCAGGAGGGUGUGAGUGCUUCUUGCAUGGAUGCUCUUAAUUGA